GGGUGCGCGGAGGAGGCGGCGGGCCCGGUGCCGAAGAGGUUAAACCGCGGCCCGGUGGGUUGGAGCCCGGAGUUCCGUGGGCCGCCCUAUAAAGCGCCCCGCCGGUAGCUCCCAGUGCGCACGGAGCCGCCGCGCCAUGGAGCCGCCGGGCACCGCCGGGGCACCGGGCGCGGCGGGGCGGCCCUGGGAGGACGCCAAGGCUUUCUACGACAACCUCGCCCCCAAGAAGAAACCCAAAUCGCCAAAGCCCGAGAAUGCCAUCACCAUUGCGGUGUCGUCGCGGGCGCUUUUCCGCAUGGAGGAGGAGCAGAAGAUUUACAAGGAGCAAGGCGUGGAGGCCUACGUGAAAUACCAGCUGGACCAUGAGAACGAGCCCUUCCUCCCUGGGGCUGCCUUCCCUUUCGUCAAGGCGCUGGAAGCAGUGAACACGCAGCUGCGUGAACUCUACCCCGACAGCGAGGAGCUCUUUGACAUUGUCCUCAUGACCAACAACCAUGCACAGGUUGGGGUGCGGCUGAUCAACAGCAUCAACCACUACGAUCUGUUCAUCGAGAGGUUCUGCAUGACGGGAGGGAACAGCCCCAUCUGUUACCUCAAGGCUUACCAUACCAACCUCUACCUCUCCUCCGACGCCGAGAAAGUGAGUGGGGCCAUUGAAGAGGGGAUUGCUGCAGCCACCAUCUUCAGCCCCAGCAAAGAUCUGGAGGUGUCAGAGAACCAGCUGCGGGUGGCAUUUGACGGUGACGCCGUACUCUUCUCAGAUGAGUCGGAGCAGAUCGUGAAGGCUCACGGCCUGGAUAUGUUCUUUGAACAUGAAAAGGCUCAUGAGAACAAGCCUCUGGCACAGGGACCCCUGAAGGGCUUCCUGGAGGCCCUGGGGAAGCUGCAGAAGAAGUUUUAUUCCAAGGGGCUGCGGAUGGAGUGUCCCAUUCGCACCUACCUGGUGACAGCCCGGAGCGCCGCCAGCUCAGGAGCCCGGGCCCUAAAGACUCUGCGCAGCUGGGGCCUGGAGACAGAUGAAGCGCUGUUCCUGGCUGGGGCUCCCAAGGGGCCACUGCUGAAGAAGAUCCGGCCUCACAUCUUCUUCGACGACCAGAUGUUCCACGUGGAGGGAGCGAAGGAGAUGGGCACUGUCGCUGCCCACGUCCCCUACGGCAUCGCCCAGAAGCACAAGCGGCCAGCACAGGAGAAGCAGCCCCAGAACAGCAAGUAGGGAACAGCACACAUGGAGCUGGGCCCCACUCGGCUGGGCCGAUCCUGGCAGGAGCCCCGUGCAGGCGUGGGCAGAGGAGGAGGCCGCUGCAGCCUCUUUCAGCCUUGGUGUUUUUGCAAUGUCGUGACAUUGUCCCCUUCCUCGUGGUGCCUCCCGCGAGGUGCUUCCCCGUUCAUCUGCACUUGCUUCAGGCAGUGUCUCUCAAGGAUGGGUCUUGGUUUUUGUGCACUGCUCACGCCAGGCAGAUUUAACCUUAUUGACCAUUCUUCAGACUACAGGUGAUUUCCAAAACCUUUGAUUUAAAGAGCAAAUGUUCAGGGUGAACUGUUGAACUGGAAAGUUGUGAGCCCCCCAAAACCACCUUUCUUGCAGCUUUGAAGCAAAAUACUGUCCCUUUGCACUAAAGUGAACCCCUAAGUUUGUUCCUUUGUUGGGAAACCUAAGGGAGAUCCAGCACCUGCUCCCCAAGGAGAAAACCUCUCACGUCUUUGUCCUUCCACCAAGGUUUUGUCAGCUGCACAGCUUUACUUUCAUACACUGGAAUUUGGAAAAAUAGAAACAAACAUAUAUUAACAACAACAACAACAACAAACAACAACAACAACACUUAUCUGCGUGGAGCUUUGGGCCAGUGUACCAUGGGCUCAGGUUUUUAAAUGUGGGUUCCACAGUUGGAUGAGUUGGCACUGAAAAAAACAUCUCAGUAAGACAUCCAAAGCCCAGCUCUUGUGUGUGCCUUCCAGGGUCUGCAGACACAUGCCUAGGGCUUGAGAUAAGGUAAAAGCAGGCCCCAAUAUAUUAGGGACAUCAUUUGAAGUCCAUUUAGAUAAAUCUGCAGAGAAUUUCAGCCUUGGGAGUUUAAUUAAAGGAUUUUUUCCCCUCUCUAAGCUGAGCCCAUAGGAGUUGGUAAUCUUUUUCUCCUCAGCUUCUUAAAACCUCUGGUGUUUCCUAAAAUAGACACCUCUGCUCCUAAUGCUGUGAGAAAGAACCAAAUCUCUGAUUAAAAAUCAGGAAGAGAAACCAAUUGGAGUGCUACUCCAAAAUCCAUGUGAAAAUCACACUGAGAUUACUGCACAAAGCCAUGUCCCAAAGGACACACUCAGGAUGAAAAUGUAAAGAAUACCACUUUUGUGUUUUGCUUUAUUAUUAUUAAUAUUAAUUCUUCAAGGCAGAGCAUGCCAUGGUUGGGCGCAAAGGGUGCCCAGGGGUAUCAGAUGGUAUUUUCAGUUGCUUCCAACUUUGCAAACACGAAUUCUGUGGGCUGAAGUUUUCCCAGGUAUAUGUCUGCCCCUGGCUUGACUUCGCUUCAGCUAAAAAGAGCUCAGCCUUUCCCAGCAGUAAGGCAAGAGUGGUGGUUAUUGCACUUCUGACAAAUGCCCGAACAAGCUAACGAUACCCUCAUUGGCCCUGCAGACUGUUUUCUCAUUGCACUAAAUCCUGCUCUAGCAGUGAAAAACAAAUUGCACUUUUCCACUCCCGAACUCCUUCAGCUUGACAGACUGUUAUUUGUCACACCUAGGUGACAAACGCCUCAGAGGAAGGUCUGAAAUCCAA